AUGGAAGAAGGUACUGCAAUUCAAGACCACAUCAAUGCCUUUAAUCAGCUAGUUUGCCAACUUAUGAAUAUUGAUGAGGAGAUUAAAGAAGAAGAGCAUGCACUACUCUUAUUAUCUUCCUUACCGAAGUCGUACAAACCGUUAGUUCAGAUGAUAAUUACAGGGAAGCAGACUUUAAAGUUCGACGAUGUGACAACACUCCUACGUGAGAAUGAAAUAAUGAUGGGAAAGAAGAGCGUAUCUAAUGGUGGUGAGAGUGCACUAGCUUUUGAAAGUUCUAAUCGAGAGAGGAAUGAAGCUUCAAGAAAUGGGAAGAAGACGAACUCCUUGGUGGUUGUGUAUGAUGAAGAUGUGGUUUUAUUGAUGCAGAGUACAUGUACUGAUGCGAGUAACACUUGGGUGCUAGAUUCUGCAGCCUCUAUGCACGUUGGCAACAAAAAAAAUUAUAUUAACACAUUGAAGACAUAUGAAGAAUUUGAUGACGUGAUUGUUGGAAACAACAAGAAGAUGAAGGUUGAAGGUGUUGAAAGUGUUCGUCUCAAGCUUCAUACUGGAAAGAAUUCUUGGAAAUCUUUCAGAUGUGAAGAAGACAGAAGCCUGACUUCAGAUGAAUUGGUUGAAAGGAAAAAACUACAAUCUUGUUAUACAUCUAUCAUCCAGGAGGAAGAAGCCUAUUGGUCACAAAGGUCUCGUAUACAAUGGUUAAAAGAAGGAGAUGCCAACACUUCAUUCUUUCACAGAACUGCUUCUGUUCAUAAGAAGUCUAAUUAUAUAGUUAGUAUUAAUCAUUUGGGUUCUGAGAUCUAUGAACAAGAAGAAAUCUCCAAGGCUUUUCAUGACUACUACUCAAACCUUUUUGGUCAAGCCAAUAACAGUAACAUGACUGUUAAUUGGGAGUGCUUAUACCCUGAUCAACUUCCCAGUCUUUCAUCUCUUGAGGAUACAUUUUCUGAAACAGAAAUUAAACAUGUUGUUUUUAGUAUGAAUCCUAAUAAAUCACCAGGACCGGAUGGUUUUUCUUUUCUUUUCUACCAAACGUUCUGGGAGUUAAUCAAAAGUGAUCUUGUUGAUAUUAUGAAUUUUUUUGGUCAACAUCCUUCAUCCCUUCAGAGAGUAAAUAAAGUUCUCAUUACUCUCAUUCCAAAAACAACAUCAAGCCCCACUGCCAGAGAUUACAGACCUAUCAGCCUGAUUAAUUGUAUUUUCAAAAUCUUUACGAAGAUUUUAGCUAAUAGAUUAGCUCCUAUCAUGAAGGAUCUGGUUGCUCCCACUCAAUCUGCAUUCCAAGAAGGAAAAUCUACUCUUGACUCUGUUUUAAUAGCUAAUGAAAUGAUCCAUUUCUGCUCUAAAAAGAAAAAAGAGGUGGCUAUGUUUAAAAUUGAUUUUGCUAAAGCCUUUGAUUCUAUAAGCUGGAGCUUUCUUAUUAAUUUGUUAAAGGCUAGAGGAUUUGGUGAAAAAUGGUGCUCAUGGAUCUACCACAUUAUCUCUUCAUCCAAUUGUGCAGUACUUGUUAAUGGAUCUCCUUCCAAAUUUUUUAAAUGUCAUAGAGGCCUUAAACAAGGAGAUCCACUUUCUCCUCUGUUAUUCAACAUAUCUGCUGAUGUUCUGAAUGACAAUCUUAUUUUUGUUAAGAGUACAUACAAAGACAUUUCUGUUCUAAAGACUCUUCUCUACAUCUUUGAAGAUAUAUUUGGUUUGGCCAUUAACUAUUAUAAAUCCUCCCUUAUUUAUUUUGGGAAUAUCCUAAACAGGGGAUCUUGUUUAGCGUCAGCUCUCAAUUGCAAACUUGAUAAACUUCCUAUCAAAUAUUUGGGUUUACCUUUAAAGGGAGGCAAAUUAGCUAAAUCUGAUUGGCAACCUAUGUUGGAUAAUUUGAACAGGAAACUUGCUUCAUGGAAGAGGAAUUGUUUAUCUUUUGGUGGUAGACUUAUUCUGUUAAACUCUGUCCUUUCCACAAGUCCAUUAUACUAUAUGUCCUUCCAUAAGCUUCCAGGUUGGUUGAUCAAAGAGGUGGAUAAAAUCAGGAAAAAUUUUCUAUGGACAGGCAACAACCAAUCCAAACCCUUCAAAUGCUUGGUUAAUUGGAAAAGGAAAGGUUUCUUCCUGCAAUUAUCUAACAGUAAUAGCCAGAAUUCUAUGGUUUGGAAUGAUAUCAUUUCAAAUAAAGAAGCUUUCCUCCAUCUUAUUUCAUGGUCCCUAGGAAUUGGUACAAAUAUCAGAUUUUGGGAGGAUAAAUGGAUUGGUAAUAAUACUUUAUCAAGUUUAUAUCCAGCUAUUUAUAGUCUUGCCUUAUCCUCUAAUGUAUCUAUUCAUAGUCAAGGAUUGUUCCUCAACAAUACAUGGCACUGGCAUCCUAUUUUAAGAAGAAGUAUUUCUUUAGUUACAAACUUAGCCAAAUCUGAUCUUAUACAUCUUCUUGGUUCUUUCAAAGUGAAUAAUGAAGUCGAUGUUCCUAAAUGGUCUUUUACUUCAAAUGGUUGCUUUUCAGUUAAAUCAUUCUAUGACUUCUUAAACACCAGAUGUGUUAUGUUUGCAUUUCAUAAAGUUGUAUGGAAUCCUAUUUUACCAAGCAAAGUACAGAUUUUUUCAUGGUUUCUAUCUAUGAAUCGUCUACAUACAAAGGAUAAUCUCAUUAAGAAAGGUUGGCAAGGUGAUUCCUUAUGUAUUUUCUGUGGCAUUCAACCGGAAACUUGCAAUCAUAUCUUCUUUUCAUGUAGCACAGCAAAAAAAGUUUGGAAACACUUCAGUGAUUAUUGCAUACCUUUUGUUUGGGCUUCAUCUCUCGAUGGUCUUUUGUCAUCUGUUGAAUCUCUUCAUAAUGAGAAAGGUGUUAUAUGGCGAUCCAUCUUUUCAGCAGUUUGUUGGUUCAUAUGGAGCUCAAGAAACAAAGUCAUCUUUGAACACUUAUCUUUCUCUGUUCAUUCUAUCAUUAACUCAACUAUUGCAGCUCUAUGUGAAUGGGCAGGAUCUGCUAGCAAGAAGAAUGCUCUCAAGUUAGCACGAGCUUUAGAGGAAAAUCCGAUCAGAAGGAGCAGUGUUUGA